CAGCCAGCCGUGACUUGACUAAUCCCACUACAAGUGCACACUGAUAUCCGAGGACGGUCUCCGAUGUUGAUUCACUUCUCCCUUUGGCGAUAUUGAAACUGGUAUCACGGUCCUCUGCGCUGGCCACAGAACAAAGACAACCAGUCUUGGCUGUACUUUAAUUCAUUAAGAUGGCGUGCUCGUAUUCCUUGAGGCCUUUGCGCUCCAUACCCGAUCUGAUCCCUGCUUGCAUCAAGAUCUUAAAGGAUGAAUGGCCGCAAUGCAAGGCGGAACUUCUACCGAAGCUGGUCAAGCAAGAACUCACCACUGCGCCAUGUUCGUAUGGAUUGGUCGAGCACCCAGACGACGCACGUGAUAAGGCAAGCCUAGUGGGUCAUGUCCGCUUCAUCCCCGUCAUCAACAGGGAGCGGGCGCUGUACGCAGAGAGCUUGUGUGUGGAUAGGGCGCAAAGGGGGCGUGGCCUGGGUGGGAAAGCGAUUGCGUUAAGGGAGGAGUUGCUUGCAGAGAUGGGAUACGCGGAGUUACACUUGUGUACUUCUCUCCAUCGCAAAGAUUACUACCUUAGCCGGUCUUAUUCCAUCUGUGAUGAGGCGCCGCACACUUUGGGAGCCAACCUGCUUCACACCUAUCGUGCUUUGGGAACCGUCAGUUGGCAUGGCAACGUCCUGUAUCCAGGGUGGGAGUCAGAGUACGAGGGCGGCGCCAUAGCAACACAGAAAGAAGUAGCAGACGGGGAUACUGGUGUGUGGUUUGUAAAGAAGCUAAGUGGCUAAAAGUCUGCAUUAUAUUAGCUCGACAGGAACUUGGGGUAGGGAACCAGACAUGAAACUGCCUUGGCCUAUGAAGGCCUAUUCGGUGGGUAACUGUCAACUGAUUCCAUAGGAUCAAUUUCUUUUGAUUCCUUUUUGUCGUUUGAAGCAAAACAAUAUUUGCUCAUAAUCUUCAGUAGAAUGCAAAAUAACUAAUCGUUUAAGCUCAACGGAUAGGCCUACUACACAUUUUUUUUAGAAAACAAAAUUAUUCUGGUCUUGUAAGUGGAUUUCGUCGCUAUAGCGCUUCUGAACUCUUGCAUACGAACUCUUGUAAAAUCCAUAAAUCAGCACCCAUGACAUGAUUUUUUUUUCCAUUCUGCUGACUGAUUGUUGAACAUGACGUCGAGGUGCCAUACCAGUGGAUAGAUAAUCCUCGCAGUACAUGUACAUGUGGUUACUUCACGAAAACCGUCAACUUUUAAGAACUGGUGCCCAUAGGUACGCUUGGUAAAAACCAUCUUUAAUUA